UGUACAGCAAACAUGGCGCUUUGGAGGAGAGGUGUUUCAUGAUAGUCGAGGCUAUCGGAUAGAUUCCAUUCAGCUAUGCGUGUGUAAAUAAUGUGUAGGUAAGGUACAACAGAUAUGAGGAGUCGUGACAGGUGAACGCUCCUUUUGUCUCUAUGGACGACGGAACGCUACAUUCCGCGGCGCUGUUUGCUGUCGUCAGCUGAAACGAUUAGCAUCGGUAUGCUAGCUGCAGCCAGUUAGCUCGUCGCUAAACAGACAGGAAUAUGCUUGUUUAUAUAAACUCCAGCGACGGUCACCUGACUAUCAAUGAUUAGUUUAUUUUAUUCGGAAACAAAGCAGCCAUUUGUAUAGAGCCCAGGUUUUAUCUGCCUAAUAUUUCGCUGGCUGAGCCGAGAGGAUGGAGAACCGCCAUGGAUGUGUUUUGUUGCUGGCCACUGGAAUUUUUCUGUCGGCGUUUUGGCUUUCUGAAGGUGCCCCUCUUCACUAUCCUCACAAAUCAGGUGGAGGCACAGUGGACACGCUGUCUGUGUCUCUCUACCUGUCCCUGGUCCUGUCGCUGAUGGUGCUCAUGGCCCUGGUGGUGUUGCUGGUGAACUGUGUGACCUGCUGCAAGGAAAGAGAGAUCAACUUCAAGGAGUUUGAAGACCACUUUGACGAUGAGAUCGACUUCACGCCGCCAGCAGAGGACACGCCCUCUAUGCAGUCCCCAGCGGAGGUUUACACCCUCGCUGUGUCCCCUGUGGCGAUGCCUGGACCUCCGCACCUCCAGCCACCGGCCCGCGUCACAGAGGGAUCCACGGGUUUCCAGGUAGCACGCCACAGUCUGAGUUACAUCCAAGAGAUCGGGAAUGGCUGGUUUGGCCAGGUCCUGCUUAGUGAAAUCUACACAGACCCUGGUGGAACCAGAGUGGUGGUGAAAGAGUUAAAAGCUAAUGCAAGUGCUAAGGAGCAGAAUGACUUCCUGCAGCAGGGGGAUCCAUACAGAGUGCUGCAGCACCCAAACAUCCUCCAGUGCCUCGGACAGUGUGUCGAGGCCAUUCCUUUCCUGCUUGUCUUUGAAUACUGUGAAAUGGGGGAUCUGCGGGGCUACCUGUCUCAGCAGGAUUGGAUGUUCAGAAACGCUGAGUUGCUGCAGCUGCAGAGGAUGGCCUGUGAAAUUGCUGCUGGUGUCACUCACCUUCACAAACACAACUUCCUGCACAGUGACUUGGCUCUGAGGAACUGCUAUCUAACUGCAGAUCUUACCGUCAAAGUGGGAGACUAUGGGAUUGGACCCUACAGAUACAAAGAGGAUUACAUCAUCACGGAGGACGAUGUGUUUGCGCCUCUUCGCUGGCUGGCUCCCGAGCUGGUGGGCGAGCGUCAUGGGGGCGUCAUUUCAAUGGAGCAGACCAAACCCAGCAAUGUGUGGGCAUUGGGGGUCACAUUGUGGGAGCUUUUUGAGAAUGCGGCUCAGCCAUACCCGCAUUUUUCCGACCGGGAGGUGCUGAAUCACGUCAUCAAGGAGCAACAAGUCAAGCUUUUCAAACCACAACUGGAGCUUCCAUAUUCUGACCGAUGGUAUGAGGUCUUGCAGUUCUGCUGGCUGUCCCCAGACAAGCGGGCCACAGCAGAGGAAGUGCACCGUUUGCUUAUAUAUCUGCGCAUGCAAGGUCAAAAGGACAUGGAAGAAGACUUCGAGCAACGGUGGGAUGCACUCAAGCCUAACCCCACCGCACGGCAGACCACUGUCAGCCACUCCUCCUUUCCGAUCUUGGAACAGUUUGCCGACGACGCCCUGCGACAGGAGAUAGACGAAGUCCUCACCGUCACUGAAACAAGCAAAGGUCUCAGCUUUGAGUAUGUUUGGGAGGCAGCGAAGCAUGACCACUACGACAGCAGUCAUGGGCGCUCAGGCAUGGACACAACACUAAACUACCACAGCAUGUUCUUUCCCGUGUCCAGUGAGGACAUUCAGGCCCAUUUCCCCGAUCCCCUGACCAGAGCAGACAGUGGAAGCCCCCCCUCGGGGAUUCCUGGGGUUGUGCCAGUGUUUGAUGCACAGAAGCCAUCAAAUGGGAAUGAAUAUUACAUCCAGCUGGAGGAACAGGGACAGGGCACUGGUGGGAAUGAGGAGGAUACAGGACAAGACAUGGGCUUCAGUUCAAGCCGGCAAGACUUUGUUGUUCUCCAAGAUGUCCGUCUGGAUGAGUCGAGCACAGAGGCUGACUUUUUCCAUCAAAGUAUAGACUCAAAGGAUUCGUAUUUACCUGACAGUCACAUCUGGUCGUCUCUUGAAAAUGACAGUCCGUACCACACCAACAUAUUCACCGAAGGGGGCAAGCAAGACGAUUCUCCGUCAUGGAGACAAGGGUUUAUGGAGCUUCCAGAGCGCAAUGGGAACCCUUUCCUCGAGGCUGAACCCUUAGAUUUACAGGACGUGAAUGCAAAUAAACGCUACGGGGAUUCUUUUUUAGGGGACGCUUCUCCCCCAGCAGUUUCUGUGGAAGUGAGGGGGGAGAAUACAGACCUUCUUAAUUCUGAAAAACUAAGUGAGAAUUUCAUGUUUCUCAAAGACCGUGGUUUGAUAAAAGAGGGCUCCGGUUUCUUGAGUCCACAGCAGAAUUUCCUGUCUCCUGGCAUGGUCCACGAACCAGAAGAAAGAUUUAAAAUGAGUUCUUGGGACAAUCUUGAGAAUUUAGGCAGCUUAAACACAGCCGACCCUUAUUUAAAACCCACAGCAAGUAGCACAUCCUCAAGACACAAACUUUUAGACUCUCCAAGUACCAGUUUGGAGGAGUUCAAUCAGUCUCUGGUAGAAAACGAAACACUGGUGCCUUCCAUUACUGUGGUCUCAGAAGACGACUCGAGCAUCCCGCUGCCUGUUAGAAAUAGUUCUUCCACUGAAGACCUUGGUCUGCUGCAAUCCUCACACAGAGGUGCAGACUCUGGCUUUGAUUCUACCUCAGAGAGAUUUGAGGUUGUCAUCAGUCAAACUGAUGACCGCGCCCCUGCUUUCUCUGACAGUGCCACUACAGACUCAUUGUGCACAGAUGCCAAAAUUCCCAGCCUUGCAGAUGACCUCGAAACCUCAAAGGAUCGUACGCAACCCACAGAACGUCAAAUGCCUGAAAAUGUACAAGUUGAAGCAUCGUCUUUGGACAAUGGGCAAAAUGAAGACUUGACAAGCAACGACCUGUUAAGUGAGCUCAUUGAAGAUAAUGAUCUUGAACUGGAAACAACCCUGUCUGAUCAUGAAGAAUCUUUUUUGGAUUCUAAUGGUCGCCCCCUUGUUCGAUCCUCUCUGCUGGUGUCCGGUCCUUCUUCGGACCAGAUCAGCCAGGACAGUUUACUGGAGGACAGCAUGUCCACCACUGUCCCAACUGGUGACAACUCAGCAGAAACACCGGACUCUUUAGACUCUCUUGACAUACACAGACUUGGAGAACAGGGAGAGGAGCUAAAUGCUCCACUAGCCCAACACAAACUCCAGCCUCCUUACAAGAUCUCAGAUAGUGGCUACGAGACGGAAAACCUGGAGUCUCCUGAGUGGAACUCUCAGCCAAGUGCCAGAGACUCUUCUCCUGCUAAAAAUGGCAUGAGUGUUACCAAAGAAGAGGAGACAGAGGAGCUCACAGCUGGAACUAAUUUUGUCCCACCAAAAAUUGUCAUCUCUGAAGUGGAGGGUGCGCUGGAUGCUCACAGCGAUGAUCCCAGCGAGAACCAGGAGCCCGACCAAGCAGCUCCCGCUGAGGAACCCGUCAUCGGGAGUAGCUACAGAGACUCCGCUUACUUCUCCGACAAUGAAUCAGAGCCUGAGAAGAAGGCCGAGGAAACAUCUGCGGGAGGUUCAGCUGAAGUCGCGUGGCUGAGGAGCUCUGCUGAUUCCAGCUCUGGGGACUCUGGGGCGACUGCACAGGAGGUUUCUGGGAGAGAAGAUGUUCAACCUCUUUCUCACCAAGAACCCUCUGUAGUCACUGAAGCACAGGUUGAAGUUUCAGAAACAGCUGAAGAUAAAUUUGAGGACAUGCCUCCAGAGGCAGAUUCAGAUAUUACACUGAAUAGUGAGAGCAAGGUGACGCAGCCCAACAGCAGCCAUAAGGAAGAUGGAUUUAAAGAGGAGUCUUACGAAGACACAGUAGUUCCUGAUGAGCAGGGCCCAUCAGAAGAUUUAGAAUCCCCUCCUCUUGCUCCUGCCCCGUCAACGACGGUGCCAGAAAUCGCCGUCCACACAAAACUCACCAGGACUUACGCCACCGACGGCCACAAGAUCAAGGAGCCGGACGUGGAGGGGCGCUAUCUGGGGCGGCGGGACGGUUUGGGGUUAGAGGGGCAGGAAGACGGCAUGGACGCCGACGAAGAGGACGAGAACAGCGACGACUCGGACGACGACGUCCGCGGCUACAACCUGCACAGCUCCAGCUCGGAAAGCGAGGACGAGGCGGUGCACCCGGUGCCGCUCAUCAUCUCGGACGACAGCACAGCGAAGAACCUGAAGGGCCUGCUGAAACCCACAAACCUGAACAUCGAGGUGUCGUCCUCUCACUCGUCUGCGAGGUGCAACGCAGAUAACGCCAGAAGAGCCGUGUCUUUCUUCGACGAUGUCACCGUUUACUUGUUUGACCAGGAGACACCCACCAAGGAACUGGGAGACCACUCGUCUGGCUCACACAGUCCGGUCCCAGAGUUCAGCAGCCCUGCGCCCACAGCCGGCUACCUGAACCGCUUCGCCAACUCUGAAAGCUCGACAGACGAAGAAGGCGGCGGUUUUGAGUGGGACGAUGACUUCUCCUCGCCCGCGCCCGCCUUCGUGCCCAAGGCAGACAAAGAGUCGGUGUCGAAGGCGACGUCCUUCCCCGCCGCCUCGGGCUUCUCCUCUCCGGCGUCGAUUGCAGGACGUGUGCUGGAGCCCAGCUGGAACACCUCGUCGAACUACUCCCGGUUCUCCAUCUCGCCGGCGAGCAUCGCCAGCUUCUCCCUGACGCACCUGACCGACUCUGACAUCGAACAAGGAGGAAGCAGUGAGGAUGGAGAGAAAGACUAGAGGACCACUUCACGUCGCUCUUCUGAGGAACGAAGCUACGCUCGCACUUUCUGGAACCGGCCGAACUCGGACAGACGACACGGUUUGUGGGAACAAGCUGUGGAUGCUCCUCUCAGGCAGAACAGUUCUCAGUGGAGUUUGACCUGAGAACGAAGACUGUAAACUGACUUUCAGCAAAUAACAACAGACGAGUCCAAGUCCCGGUCUGAGCCAAAUCACCUCUCCAGCUCCAUGAGUGUGUGUGAUUUUUAGUUCGGUGCAAUUCCGACCAGGAAAAAGGAGGAAGAGAAAAAAAAAAAAAGAAGUAAAAUUAACCAGGUGUAGCUUCUUAAAAUGUUUGCUUUAAAGACUCGUCACACAUAUUCCAGGUGUUUGGCUGCUUCUUUUUGUUGUGUGUCAAAGUGCACUCCUUUUCCAGGACUUUUCUUCAAGCAAAAGAAAACAAAAGAAUUAAGUUCUGAAUCAACAAAUUCACUACACUGAGCGAUCAGACUUUAUCACUACGACGGGAAUAAGCUCUUUGAUUUCAGCCGACAGAAGUAAAGCAGAAUCUGCAUCAUUGUUAAUUUUUUAUUUUGCUCUUUUCAUGUUGUGCGAUUAUUUCAGUGGUUGCCUUUCUUCAGAAGAUUUGUUUUCGUCAACUUCCUGACGAGUUUCACAGCGGCUUUCUAACUGCAGAGAAACUGUUUGUGGUAUCCUUCUGUAGCAGCAUUUGAAUGAAAAAAAAAAUAUAUGUGAGCGAAGGUAACCAAGCAUCAGCUGAUGGUAAAACUCCCACCUCCUCCUCCUCCGCGGAGGCGACACACUGUAUAUUCCUUUGUGUUUUAAAAGGAACAUUUACAGCAAGAGUCAUUUUUUGAUGGAACUGCAAGACGGUUGUUUGGGAAAACUCCAGUCGUUGAUUUUUCUAAAGCUUUAUUUCAUCUCGUGAAAUGUGCAGGAAGUUCCACAGACGGUUUGGUAACCUCCGUUCGUUAUCAACACUACAGAGUUCCCAAUCAGAAAAAAAAAAAAAAAGAUGUGAAUAAAGCGGGAAAUUUUAUUUUUUGAUGUCUCGAGCAGUUUGAAAACAGAUGUGCAAUGAAAUUGUUUUUUUCUUUUUUUUUUUUGACUAAAUUUGCAAGUUCAUAGGACGGCCUAUUGAACAUGGCGGCGUUUCUGCAGGGACGCCACAAGAACUCACUACGAGAACAAAAAAAAAACAAACAGAAACACGCUGCUGCUUUUUUGAACAUGGGUGUCAAGGACAGAGUUGUUUGCCUUUUUUUUUUUUUAAGUCAAACUCGCUUAAGAGAGUGUUCCGAUGGCGUUUUCAUAAUCGUGAAAUGCUGGUCGCCUCUGGUUGUGCAGGGUUGUCAGAGGAUGAUUGAAAUCCGCAUCGAUACGCGUCCAUGUGCUCAUCGAACGUUUGAAGCUCUCGUACAGUACAGCUACUGUACAGACCUCAACUUUUAACGGUUCCGUCAUCUUGGAUAUCUCGUCACGGACCACCCGAUUGAAAAAUCACCCGUAUUAGAUAAAUGUCCAUCUCACAUGCUCCUUACAGAAGACACUGUAUGUUAGACAACCUCUGUUGAAAACCAGCAGCCUCUGCUUCACUUAAACUUGAACAUCUAUUUAAAGAAAUCUUUGUUUUAUUUGACUACAGUAUAUGUUUGCUUAAUCUUGCACAUUUGAGAAAUGUAACUUAAUGUUGAACUGUACUGAUGUAUAUAAAUGUUAAUUUUUUUUUUGUUUUUUUCCCUCUUUUUGUCUGUAAAUGGGAAAUGAUGUAACUGAGUUGUAGGUAUGAGGUUUCAUUUUGUAAAGCUGAGUUGAAUCAGAGGAACAUAUCACAGUCAUCAGCUUCAAAGCAGUUAAAUUAAGACACAAAAGCAGAUGUGAAAUUGUCGUCCUUAAAA